UUUACUUAAAAAUAGGUGUUUGCCAAUAAAGAUUUACAUUUAGCCCAACCAGGAACUACCUUGUGUUUAGUCCAGAGUGGAAAAACAAGUAUGCUUUCUCAUUUGCCUUUGCUGGGCAGGUGCACUGCCAUUGGCAUGUAAAUUAAAUUACAAGCCAGCUGGUAGAUCAGCAACGCUUGUAUCUGAAGGCUGUCACCCGAGCCACCGAUAACAGAGGGUUCUUACAGCUCCUUAUCUCUAUUGUCUAUUGAUCGUGAUACCCUGAAGUGGCCCUGAGGUUAAUUUUAACUUGCUGCUCCAUGCACUGUCUGGAGAUAAUUUUUCAUCCCUGUGCAAAUGUCAGUCAGUGAACUUUGAUGUUUCUCUCUUUUUUCACAGGACGUGCAUUUGCAAGAGAUUUACAGUCGCAUUGUGGAAUGAAACACCAAGUGGCGUGUAAGUGUCCUCUGUUAGAAUAAUGUUGCCAGGCGUGGGUGUAUUUGGAACAGGGCAGACAGUACGUGCCCUGGUGCCGUUGCUCCAAAAGGAAGGCUUCCCUGUUCAGGCCGUCUGGGGCCGUACACAAGAGGAAGCAGAGUCACUAGCCAGCGAGUUGGACAUUCCCUUUUCCACCAGCCAAACAGAUGAUGUGCUGCUACAUCCGGAGGUCCACCUUGUCUGCAUAUUGACACCUCCUCCCCACACUCGGCAGAUUGCGGUAAAAGCUCUAGGUAUAGGUAAAAAUGUGAUCAGUGAGCAGGCAGCUACACUGACAGAUGCCUGUAAGAUGGUGACAGCGGCAAGAUAUUACCCACAGCUUAUGAGUAUCAUGGGAAAUUCCUUGCGCUUCUUGCCUGCAUUUGUCCAGAUGAGACGCCUGCUAGGAGAGGGGUAUUGUGGGACCUUGCAGGUAUGUGAAGCACGAGUAUAUGGAGGCUCACUGCUCAGCCAAUCAUAUGGCUGGGCGUGGGAGGAGCUUAUGGGGGGAGGUGGCCUGCAUACAGUGGGCUCCUGCAUCAUUGACCUCCUGAAUCACCUCACGGGACGUCGGGCUAUGCGAGUGCAUGGAAUGCUCCGGACUUUUGUACGUCAAGGUGGCCCAGCGGGAGGGAUUCGUUCUGUUACCGCAGAUGACUAUGCUUGCUUUCAGCUGCUGAUGAGCGGAGGUGUGGUCUGCAGCGUUACAUUAAACUUCAAUCUACCUGGCACAGAUGUGCAUGAGAUCAUGCUUGUGGGGUCAUCAGGACGUCUCAUUGCUCGAGGAACAGAGCUGUAUGGCCAACGAACCAGCAUGCAAGUAGAGGAGCUUCUUAUGACUGAUGGUGGAGAAGGUGUAGGGCCAUCUGUCAGGGGACUGAAUGGCAUGGUGACUCAGCUCAGACUCUCUUUUCAGGCACAAGAGGACAGGCGCUCUUGGGUGCGGCAUCCUGUUUCCAUGGCAGCCUCCUUCGAGGAUGGGCUGUAUGUACAGACAGUUGUGGAUGCCAUCAAACGAUCAAAUCGCACUGGAGAGUGGGAGUCAGUGGAGGUCAAGAUUCAGGAUGUUGACCCAAACCACAACCACAGGACCCUGCCGAACUAACACUACACACACUGUUACAUUCUAUAUCUCAAGACCAACCCUAUUAAUAUCAUUCACCUUCUUUUACAAUCAAAUAACCAUGCUUUCAUUUUAAACAUGAAGUACCUGAGACUGAAUACAUAAUUUAUCUGAGUUUAUGCAUACUUACUGCAAGUUUUAAGUUAUCAGGGGAAUUGGGUCGCAAAACACUGGAGAUGGCUCACUGGAUAGGAAUUGUGGUUUCAGGGUUGUUUUGUUGCCUAUUUCUUGUAACAAAAAAAGAUGUGCAAAACUUAUCUGUGAAACUUUGUGCUUUCCUUAUUUUUAUGUGAUCAGUUUAAAUUUGAGUCACAGGAUAUAAGUGUGAGCCCCUCAAGUUUUUAUAUUUUAUAUCAUGAGUAGUGAAUAUAAGCUUGUGCUCUGCUGAGGAUUUUUUCUGUAUAUGUGCACAUGAGAGAGAGCUUUUAUGGCACUGAUCAACUUAUUAUGCUGGACACUAGAUAUAAUAUUCUGUAAUAAACCUGUUGUGACUUAUA